AUGGAUAAAGUUUUACGGCCAGAGCGGCUAGAAACCGAUCGAAACAGGGGAACAGCGGCAAAAGAAUGGCUUCAUUGGAAACGUACGUUUGAAAACUUCAUGGCCGUUUUGCCAAAAGAAGGUUUGGAUAAACUUGCAGUAUUAUCCAACUUCGUCUGCCCAAGCAUCUUUCAACACAUAGAAGAUUGUGAAGAUUAUAAGACAUCGAUUGAAACACUUCAGGAUCUCUUUAUCAAACCGAAAAAUGAAGUUUUUGCUCGCCAUCUUUUAGCUACUAGGAAACAAGCUCCAACAGAAACACUAGACGAAUAUUUACAAGCCCUGAAGGCACUAAACAAAGAUUGUAACUUCAAGAACGUCACAGCUGUACAAUACUGUGAAGAGAGCAUUAGAGAUGCAUUUAUUGCUGGAUUACAGUCAAAUGUUAUACGCCAAAGACUUUUGGAAAACAAAACCCUCGUCUUAAAAACUAUGUUCGAUCAGGCUACAUCUCUUGAGUCAGCCAUAAAGAUUUCUGAGCACCCACGAUCUAAAUGUCCUGCAAAGGAAGCUAUAUUUGCAAAGUGUCAGAAAAAAGGUCACUACGCCAAGGUUUGUCAAAGUAAAGCUACCUUAAAGGUAUCAGCAUCCAUAAACUCCCCUGUUUUAGCACCCACUUCAUGUCCUGGGUCUCUAUCAAAGUCAACAACAAACGUCAGCUUAGGAAGAUUGAAAGUAAAGGCAUUGUUUGACAGUGGCAGCACUGAGAGUUUCAUACACCCAAAUCUAGUUGAAAGGGCUGGGCUGACUGUGCAACCAGUUAGUGGAACUGUUUCCAUGGCUUCCACUAACUUGUCAGCUAAUGUUACGGGUACUUGUACGACUAACCUUGAAUACCAGGACCAGAAAUACACCAACCUUCGCUUUUCAGUCCUUCCUGGACUCUGUGCCGAUCUUAUACUCGGUCUGUACUUCCAGUUACAGCAUGAGAGCAUUGCAUUUCAGUAUGGGGGCAGCCAACCGCCACUGUCUGUCUGUGGUUUUAAUAAACUCAACAUGGACCCAGCUGAGCCAUUUGCUAACCUAACUGAGAACUGUCGUUCAAUUGCAAGCAAAUCUCGUCGCUACAGUAAGGAUGAUUUAAAGUUCAUUGAUGGAGAGGUUUAA